CAUUCUUAUUCAAACCAUGACUGUUGCUAUUGCUGGUGGUACUGGCGGGCUUGGCCGUGCACUCGUCGAAGCCAUCAAAGCUCGGGGCAGGCAUCAAGUUCUCGUUCUGACAAGAAAGGAGACACCGGGCCUGGCGGAGCGUCUGGGUGCCCCUACUGUCACGGUAGAUUACUCUGAUGUUGAUUCCCUCGCAUCAAUUCUUGAGGAGUCAAACGUCGAGAUAGUCAUCUCAGCCGUGAACAACAUCAGUGGCGACAAUAGUUCAGAGAUCAACCUCAUCCAUGCUGCCGACAAAUCAAAGCCAACCAAGAGGUUCAUCCCAAGCUACUUUGGUACACCAUACACUCCCGAGCAGUACGAGUCAUUUCCUCCAGCAUUAGCCAAGAAAGAAGCCCUAAGGGCGCUGGAAGCCAGCUCCUUAGAGUGGACCAGGGUUUACAACGGCUACUUCCUGGACUACUACGGAACGCCAAAAUGCAAGUCGUACCUGGACGAUAUUUCCUUCUUCAUUGAUGUGCGGAAUAAUUUUGCUGCCCUUCCUGGCUCUGGGGAAACGCCCGUGGUUUUCACCCACUCGUUCGAUGUCGCAAAGUUCGUGGCAGCUGCACUUGAUCUGCCCAAGUGGGAACAAACCUCCUGGAUUAUUGGCGAUAGAAUCACGUGGAACGAGCUUGCCAAGCAAGCCCAAGAAGUCAAGGGUGUUCCCUUUUACGUGACACAUGAUUCAAUCGAGACCCUCCAAACCGGUGUCGUCACCGAGCUUCCUUCCCACCCCCAGUUCUAUCAUGCUUAUCCCAAAGAACAUCUUCAGAGCUUUAUUUCUGCGUUUGGCAUCAUGUGCGACAAGGGACAAGCCAAUUUCACACCAGCCCAUACGCUGAAUGACGAGUUCCCCGAAAUCAAAGCGCUAACCGCUCGCGAUGUCUUGGAGAAGGGUUGGGGACACUGAGGGGGAGAUCGUUGCAAAGACUAGUUUACAUAGCUCAUGUCGGCUUUUAUUUCCCAACCUUGACACAGGUUGAACAAAUCAUCAUCGUUUGAAUAUAAAACUUGUCUCUGAGUCGCUAGUCAUUCCGAGAUUGGCGGUCUUUUCGUUCACUACUAUACAGAGUCCAAAUUGACACUCUUGAUCCGGUAUAGGUGUCCGAACAGGCCCACUCCUACUGCCGAGAUCAUGAUAUGGAUCUGAGACUGGUGUCUCAAAGGACCCAGAAUAUCGGCAGAGUCCACAACCGGGAAUCAACGUGCGCUGAGACAGCAUUGAGAAUGGACCAGUGCAGGCCGAGACCUAGCCAAUGAUUUCGCAAGUAGAAUCAGACAGGCCCCAAUCGAUGCACGCUCAAUA